AUUAAUCGAUCGGUCAAUUUCUUAUGGCUCGUGGGUUAUACCUGACGUAGGUUCAACUGCAUGAAUCCUUCUGUGUAAAUCCAAGUGGGAGUAUUUUUGUUCGCAACGCUACCAAGAAUCAUGGAGAGUUUUUGCUAAUUGAUGUGCGAGGAGAAGUUUCUAUUCAACAGUUAAUUGCAAAUAUAAAAGUACCCCGAUAUUUACGUCACAAGAAUCAAGAUUUCCUCCAGUUUUCGAAGUACAUUCCAGAAGAAAAAACACGAUGUACGGCUCUACUGUUGCCGGAUCCGAGAUAAAUCCUGACAUUCAGCGAUGGUUCUCCACGGUGGACAAAGACGGGAGCGGGCGAAUAACAGCCACAGAAUUACAGGCUGUAUUGGCUAAUGGCCAGGGUGGCCAUUUUUCUGACACAGCGUGUAAAUUAAUGAUCGGUAUGUUUGAUAAGGAAAAGAACGGUACAAUAAACGUGUCAGAAUUUCAAGCUCUCUUCAAUUACGUGAACGCCUGGCUGGGUGUUUUUCGUGGCUUUGACCACGAUAAUUCGGGCAGUAUACAAGAGAAUGAAUUAAGCGCAGCUCUGACGCAAAUGGGUUACAGACUCAGCGCAGAGUUCAUCCAAUUUCUUAUAAAGAAGAGUGAUCUCCAGGGUCAUCGGUCCAUUACUAUCGAUCAAUUCAUAGUGUUAUGUGUUCAAAUACAAAGGUUUACGGAGGCGUUUAGAUUAAGAGACGCGGAUCAAAGUGGAACAAUUACCAUCGGAUUCGAGGAUUUCCUGGGAGUGGCUCUUAAUUGCAGCAUAUAACGCCUAUGUAUUUCAGCAACAAGAUUACAAAAUACUUUUAUCGCUUGUACAAAAAAGAAUUGUAGAUAUAGCUUGCAUUGCAAGUAGUAUUUUUCUAUCUCAGGAAAUGAUGUGAAAAAUGAUUUAUAUAUAAUUUGUAAUCAGACCCACACAUAUAAUUUACUUACAAAUUUCUCCCUCCUUUUUUCCAUGGGUUUGUGGCCCAGGCAGGUUUUAUUUAGGCUUAAUUUUUUAAUUUAAUUAUGUAAUAACGUCUCUUUAAAUAAGAUUACUAAUAAACAUAAGCGUUUAAACCGUA